CGUACCCAUUAAUAAUUUAUUUGUCAAAAGAUUUCUGGAAUCUCAGUCACAGUAUGCCCUUUAGCUUUUCGGUAACCUUGUGUACCUGCAUAUGGACAUUAUCGCUAACAAGCAUAUGCUUUGUUUUCUGCUAUCACUUCCAGCGCAAAGAAACAGUGCAAACGUCCAGCACCGUAAAUCCGGUCACCAGAAUUCCUGACAUUGUGCCUGCUUUGCGCAGCUAUGAUACCUCGUAUUCUGCGGCAAACAAUGUUGAAACGGCCUCAUACUACAACACUAAUAACUAUAAUCCCAAUCCAUCCAUGACCGAUUCUGUUCCAAAAUACAAUAAUGGGCUGGAUCCAGUGUACGCAUCGGCAUACGCCAUCGAGACAAUUAAUUCCGCCGACCUUUUUCAUAUAAUAACUACAACACUAGGACCUGAAGCGUGCCGGUCAACGACAUAUCGUACCAUUUUGGGAUGUUACUGUCGACUGAUUGGGAAGCGGUGUUAUGCAGCGAAUUCCAUUUGUAAAGCGGAUCAGUUGGGCGAUGGCUACUGCGAAUGUGACACUGGAUACGUAAAACUGGGACUGCAGUGUGUUACGCAGGCUGCGUACAAUAAUAUUACUAUGACUGCUGCCCAGGCAUCUUCUUCGUUUACAAUUUAUCCCCCGACAGUAAUCGCGUCUUGCUUUUUGCCUUUGAAUUCUGUAUUUGGGAACGUUGGUUCCAUUGCCGGAAACGGAAGCCUAACAUACACACUUACCUUGCUGUCUUCCAGCCCACUUGGAGAUUCCACCAAGCAUGUUGACAUCGAUCCAGCUAAUGGCAAUUUAAUAUAUAAAUCAGUUGCUCCCGGAUCGGUAAUAAAUCAGAUUUAUUCCUUGAGUGCAAAAGAUUCCCGCGGGAAUACAACCUCUAAAAAUUUUACGGUGGCCUAUAACUGCACAGCUCCAACGUGCUCGUUUAAUUUCGGAAACAGUUUAAUCGUGGACUGCUUGCGAUUCACAACCGGCGACACUAUAGUGACCUUUAUUGCUAACAAUAGUUUAACUCCGACGGUGUUUUCGAUGUCACUCAUCAAUUCUUCAUCAAGGAAUGGAAACAAUUUUUUCCAAAUUGGUUCAAACACUGGUCUAGUAUUUCUGCAAAAAAUUCCUCAUGGUGGCGCAUUUGUGGAGAACUACAGUGUUUCCGCUACAAAUGCGGCUGGACAAAGUUGCCCAGCUCAAACUCUUACGCUUACGACAACAGACACUUGUAUUUGACUUCCCGCAACACCGUCGACACCAGACGAACAGCACAAUAAAGGAGUACAGGUAUAUAGAUAUUGUAUAAUAUCUCAUAUAAUAUAUGAGUACCUUGGCACAAUGAAUCGGACAGUACAAAAUUUCAAUUUAUUUUAUAAGGCUGGUCAUUUGACGCAGUUACUGUUAAUUUGGAUUUAGAAACGCUUUUAUCUAUCCGGAACUAUAUGUGCCGUACAUUUCAGUAAAACUUGACCAUAAUUAUAUGGUAAUAUUGGAACGCAUAUUUACUGUCUGUUCAAAAAUAUCUAUGCGACAACACGGGUACUCCGUACUCGUAUAUCAAACGAUGGA